UUUGACAAGGCAGAGACUGGAAGAGAGCGAGAGAGAGAGAGAGGAGGGAAGAAGGAGGAGACGGACCUGCUCCUCUGGGACUCGGCAACAGCUUACUGCCCCGGUGCUAUCGGCGGGGGCGGCUCACAAAACGGUCCUUGGCCGAAAAAAUAAGACACCGAGGAACCCUCCUCGUAGCUGUCACCGAGCUCUGCGAGGGUCUCCGCGAUCGCUGCUCCGCUUGUAGGAAAAGAAUCUGGACUAACUGUGAGAGGAGUGGGGGGGAAGGAGGAUUUAUGGAGGCUCCGCGCGGUUCCAUCGAGCAAAACGCCUGGAUUAUCUGAUUUGGGACGGACAGCCGAAGCAGACGAGACGGUGUUUGUCCAUGUUGUGCCGCGUCGCCGUGUCCAUCUCGAAGCCUAUACGACGUGUUUUGUGUUUUUAGCCGGGCCGGUCGUUUUCGGAGAUCCCGUCAUGGCGGACCAGGAGGAGACGUUUGGCCUCCAAAACUCUCCCGGUGGCUCCGAUUCAAGGGAAGCGCAGACCGACAAUAAAUCAGAGAAACAGAACGGGACCGCGAGCAAAUCCCCUUCUUCACAGACAACUUACAUCCAGCAGGGAAUGGAGGGAAUAAAAGUAUAUCUGCACGAGAGGGAACUGUGGUCGAAGUUCCACGAGGUGGGCACCGAGAUGAUCAUCACCAAAGCCGGAAGGCGCAUGUUCCCCAGCUUCAAAGUGAAGGUCACGGGACUAAACCCCAAAACUAAAUAUAUUCUCCUGAUGGACGUUGUCCCUGCAGACGAUCAUCGAUACAAAUUCGCCGACAACAAAUGGUCCGUGACCGGCAAGGCCGAGCCCGCCAUGCCCGGGAGGCUCUACGUUCACCCGGACUCUCCGGCCACGGGGGCGCACUGGAUGAGGCAGCUCGUCUCCUUCCAGAAGCUGAAGCUGACCAACAACCACCUGGACCCGUUCGGACACAUCAUCUUAAAUUCAAUGCACAAGUAUCAGCCGAGGAUCCACAUCGUGAAGGCGGAUGAGAACAACGGCUUUGGCUCCAAAAACACGGCCUUCUGCACCCACGUGUUCCCCGAGACCGCGUUCAUCGCGGUCACGUCCUACCAGAACCAUAAGAUAACCCAGCUGAAGAUUGAGAACAACCCCUUCGCCAAAGGUUUUCGUGGAAGCGAUGACAUGGAGCUGCACAGGAUGUCCAGGAUGCAAAGUACCAAGGAGUAUCCAGUGGUGCCUCGCAGCACAGUGCGACAGAGGGUGGGCUCCAGCCAGAGCCCGUUCAGCGGGGAGGUCCAGGGCAUGGGCACCCCGAGCACCCUGAGCUCCCAGUUCUCGCAGUGUGAGAACGGCGUCACGAGCACCUCACAGGACCUGUUGCCCCCGUCGGGGUCCUACCCCCUGCCACACGAGCACGGCCAGGAGUACCACUGCAUCAAGAGGAAAGUGGAGGAUGACUGUCACUCCGGUGAGCACAGCUAUAAGAAAGCCUACCUGGAGAGCUCGUCCAGCGAGGAGGACCAUUACUACCGUCCCGUCGGCUACGCCCAGAGCCUCGGCCUGGCCGGUGGGCCCUACCGCAGUGAGUCCAGCCAGCGGCAGGCCUGUAUGUAUGCCAGCGCAUCGCAGGGAGCCGAGCCUGUGCCCAGUUUGGAGGAUAUCAGCUGCAACACCUGGGCCAGCGUCUCGCCCUACGGGAGCUGCUCUGUCACCACCAUGCAGCCAAUGGAGAGGCUGCCCUACCAGCACUUCUCCGCUCACUUCACCUCAGGAUCUCUGGUGUCCAGACUCGGCGGGGUUGGGGGCCACGCCUCACCGCAACUGGGCGACGGCCACCACGCAGCCAUGUACCAGAGCUCCAUGGCCCACCAGACUCUGGGCCGCCAGUGCAGUCCCGGCGCCGGGAUCCAGUCAUCGACAUCGGGCCUGCAGGGAAACGAGUACCUCUAUACACACGGCAUCCCACGUACAUUAUCGCCACACCAGUACCACACUGUUCAUAGUGUCAGCAUCAUGCCAGAGUGGAACGAAAACAGCUAAAAGAGCUUUUUCAACCCCACGCCCCCGACAGAUGAAAGGAAAAAAAACAAAAAAGGACCAAAAUAAGACAGGGUUUAGAUGAUUUUAUAUUUAUAUUUGUAGAGAUGCUGUUCAUCUUGAUCAGAUCAGUGUUCGUUCACUUACAGCAGUGGAUAUUUGCGAGCUGGUGUUUACUAGGAGGGCAGGCAUCUCGACAUCUUGACUUAAAUUGUUGUGAUAGCGUCGGCACUUAAGAAAACGACAUGAGCAUGAACAAAGGGGAGAUGGACCAGUACUGACACAAAGACUUCUCAAGUGCAGACAAAGAGAACACAGGGGAAAUGCAAGACUCUGAUCAGAAGAAGAAAAUGCUUCAGAUGCUUUGCUUCCAGUUCCCUGGUUGAUUGUGUCUUUGUGCAGUGUUGGGGUUUUGGGGGGGGUGGGAUGUUUCAGAGACAAGGGAAUAUGUUUUCACCAUUUUUUUGUACAAAACUCUUCUUUUGUUCCCAUGUCCCGAGUUCAUGUAAAAAGAAAAAGGACGUCUUCUGUCACGUUAGCUUGAGUCCUCAAAUUCUUUUAAAAGUUUUUUUUGUAGUUUACAACUUACUUUGUAGUAAAAAUGCUAUGAAAUGAAUGGAGUAUUAGUUGAAUUUGAAUAGGCAAAUGGGAGCUUUUGUUGUGGCUGUUUGGUGAAUUUGCGUGCUCUUAAAUAUGUAAGAAGGGUUAUUUGGGCCUUCUGCUGCAGGAUACAUUUACAGGCAGGUCAAAAAUUUAAAAAAAAAGACACACACCAGCAGAAGUCACACUUCAAUUCAACUUCUGGCAGACGCCCGUUCUUCAACAUGCAAACUGGCGUCAGUGCUACAACAGAGCAUAAAAGAUAAUGAAGUGCAACAAUGUAGACAAUGUAAUUAACAUGCCAUUAAAGAGUACAGUAAAACUUUAAAUGUUGACCUUAUUUUCCCCAUGUAAUGUCAUCGUGAUCCAAGAUUUACAGUAAUUAACUAACAUACCACUCCAUUUGCAGGGUGUACAGACGUCCAGUGUUGUCCAGUCAAGCUGUGAUAUUUGGAAGCAAACUGUCAUUUUACCAACAUGCAACUCCCCUUAUUUUUUUAGGUAUAUUAACGCUUAAUAUAAUAAAACCUUAUUAUAAAUGUGAUGAAAUUGCUGCUGUUUCGUUCCAGUUGAUUAGGGAAACAGAUAAUUGUUGGACUUUCCAACAAGUACAAAUACAAUACUUUGAAGCUCUGCUUUGUUUCAUUUCGGAUACUUUUUACAUCGUACACUAUGCACUAUGUACUUACCUGCAUAGUACUUCAAAUUCAGGUGUUGGUGUCUCAAACACAUUAUCAUUCACGGUACCAAUCAUUACAGAUUGCUAACUUUACCUUUUAAACUGGAACAGUGCUCCUGCAUGAUACAGCGGUGAAAUUCUAAUUUGAAUGGGAUGAAUAAGGAUAGGAUCUGCUUUUUGGUAAACUGUAUUGAUGACUGCCUGCCAUCAAUAAACAUAGCAUGCAAAAAAAAACUUGAAAUCUGAGAUUUCAUAUUUGCCCUUGUUCCAGUUUUCUAAUCAGCAAAAAAGCUUAACUGAACGAAACUAAACAUACGUUGGGAAACGAAGAGAAAGAAAAGAUUUUGGAAAUAUUUCAGUUGGCUCAAAAAACAAAACGUGUCAUAAGUUUUGACACAUUGUUAUGUCGCAAGCAAAAGGAAACCAUGGUUUUAAGUAUAAAUGUAGAAUUUAGGACAAAGAAACUGCAUAUUUUUCAAUUUAGAUUGUAGCCUUUGAAACACUUCACAUACUUGACAGUUACCAUACGUAUACAGAGAUGUUGGUCAUCCUUUGAUAUGGAGAGAUAAGCUACAGCAUUGCAAUUUCAGAUCAUUUGACAACGAUCUUCCCAUCUAAAACAACAUAAAUGUCCUAUUUCUGAUAUAACAGCCCUGCAAUUUCUGAAGGUCAUUUUGUUUGUGUGUGUGUGUGUGUGUGUAAGCUCUGAUUGUGUGUUUCAUGCAGUCUCAUGUUGUACCCAGUGAAUGUUGUACCCAAUGUGUGUGCGCUCUCACAUGUAGAGUAUUAAUCCUCAAGAUGGCACUUCUCUGACAAUCAAACUAAAUCAACGUGGAAAGCAGUUGGACAAACUAAAUAAUCUACUCUAUACACAAAGGCAAAGGUCGGUCUCACGCUCAAAUUAGUGUGUGUUAGAGGUACAGCACGUUUUACAUGUGGACAAAGAUUAAUUUUUAAAGGCUUGUAGUCGAUAGAAUGUUAUUUGUCAAUAGUAUUUAUUUUUCAACUAUGUAAAUCUGCCUGCUUCUGCAUGUAUCAAAGAUAGAAUGUCCAAUGUCUUUUUUUUAUAGCCUGUUUUUUUUAUUAUUGUUUAUAGGAUUUUCUAAUCACACUUAUGUAGAAAACAGAAGAUUGCUAGACGGCUGUCGAAAAAGUAUCAGAAUAAGAUUGAAACACAUGAAUAAUGUUGUAAAUAAACAUGUACAUAUACAGA